AUGAUAGGCCCCGAGACCUCCAUCAUCCGGGUGGCGGGCGCGGGCUUUCGACUCUCGCUGCUCCUCAACGCGGCAGCAUGUCAACUUGCACAGUCCAGAAUAGAGAUUCACAGUAUCGCCAAGGGCAUCUCGCUCUUUGCCUUGACACUGAAGCAUCUUGGGCAGGCCCUCGAAAAAACAGAACUCGGCCGAACCCACGAGGCAACUGAGAAGGCCUGGGAAAUCGCCAGCCAGGGACAGAUGGUCUUCGUCGAAAUCGAGCACAUGCUGGACAAACUGCAAGGCACAGAUGCCCACGAGGAUUUGAGCAGGAUUCCAGUGCAGGAAAGACUGAAGUGGUGUUUUCGAAAACAGCACGUCACUUACCUCUUAGCGCAACUGGACUCUCUCAAACUGAGCUUAAUCGUGAUGACGCGGAUCCUGCAACUGGGUGACUUACUCAAGUCAGUGAACGAAGGCGCCAACUUGACGGCCUCGGGACUCGCCGCAGAGGAUCUUAUUGCACAAGAAAAAGCCGAGAUGCAGAACAUGAUCAUUGUCAGAUACUGGUCUUUGAAACGCCUAGAUCGCCUAUGGGAUUUCGUCGCGCAGGAGGCUGUGGAUGCUGCGAAUGAUCCGACGAACCAGAAGAUCAUAUCCAACCAUUCCUCAAGCACGGCCUCUGCGAUGAGAUCAUUAGUGACGGCAGCUAAAGGCUCGGAUCUCUCGAAACUUCCGGUGGUGACAUUUGGAGACAGUGACGUGGGAUUGGCUAAUCUGGAACGAUCACCAAAGGACAUGGUUCAUCUUUCAGAGGGGGCAAUGAAUCGCUUGUUGCUGAUUUGGGUACCAUCGCUGGAUUCUUCACUGCUGUUAGCUGUCAGGAAGCCAUCGCCAGAUAAAACGAAGUCCAGUCAGCCGCGGGCAUAUGUUUCGUCUGAUAGUGACGACGACUCGGACGAUAUCGACUGGGAUGGCCAUAGCUCCCACGGUUAUUAUCUCGAAGGCACGACGAAUAAUUGGCGCAAGCCUCAUUCACAAGAGGCCCGCAAGCAUGCAGCCGAGCUACGCCAGAGAUAUUCCAGCUACCAGGCACAUGUUGAAAGCGAUCCCGAGGCCGAUGAGCGCCAACGGCGUCGAGCAGGAGCUCGUUCCAAGAAUCCGAGAAUAACCGAUUCCAGUGACGAAGGCGAGCAACGAUCUACAUCUCGUCAACCACCGAAGAAUGUUACCAUAAACGACAAUCGCAGUUCUUCGUCGAGAUACCCGCCUAGUCCAGUCUCAGACCGAGGGCCAUCAACGUACACCUUCCAGCCGCCUCCACCACCACCACCAACCCAGUCUAUCCCUCGUUCACAAGGACCUCCUCCACAAAGCAAGCCCGCGCCAAUUCAUAUCCCCGGACCUCCUCUACAACCCUAUCGAUACCACCCAAGCCAAGACUUCACCAAGACGGCACCGCGAUCAAUUCCAAAUCCCCAGCCCAAUGUACCUGCAGGGUCAAUGCCCAUCCCGUCACCACGGGCCACACCACCGGGUCAAUUUGAUGGCCGACAGCAGAACUACAACAGCAACAACUACAACAACCUCCUGCAACCACGGCCCCACCCCUCGGCGUACCCGCUUUCUACCUCAUCACCCGAGUCUAGCUUCAGCGUCCGACCCUCGCCGCCUCGUUCCGCACAACGGUCUCCGAGCCGCUCGCACCGGCGAUCCUCACGUGAAGAAGCGAAGGAACGACACAAGGCUUUGACUCGCAGCGCCACUCGCGGAUUGGCGGGAAUCGGCGCGAUUGCAGGGUUCAUGGAUGCGCUCGAGGCGUUUACGUUACUAUGA